AUGGCCGAACAAGGGGGAGAGGAUGUGUAUGCGAGUCUUCUUCUGACAGACACCUAUCUUCCCGGUGCCCUUGUGCUAGCACACUCACUCCGCGAUGGUGGCACCACCAAAAAGUUGGCGAUCCUGGUCACCCUCGACACGGUGUCCGCCAAUGUGGUUACGCAGCUUAGGACUGUGUAUGACUACAUCAUUCCGGUCCCCCGUAUCCAAAAUGAGCAUCCUGCAAAUCUUGAUCUCAUGAACCGCCCGGACUUGCACUCGGCCUUCACCAAGAUCAACCUAUGGAAGCAGACACAGUUCCGCAAGAUCGUCUAUGUGGAUGCCGACAUCGUGGCCUUCCGAGCGCCCGAUGAGCUCUUCAACCUUGACCAUGCCUUCUCGGCGGCACCCGACAUUGGCUGGCCGGAUCUGUUCAACACUGGUCUCAUGGUCUUGACCCCGAACAUGGGCGACUACUACGCAAUGAUGGCCAUGGCCCAGAGGGGCAUCUCGUUUGACGGGGCCGACCAGGGCCUCCUGAAUAUGUAUUACAAGGACAACUUCAACCGCCUCAGUUUCAGCUACAACGUCACCCCUUCGGCUCACUACCAGUACCUACCCGCCUACAGCCACUUUCAAUCGAGCAUAAGCAUGGUACACUUCAUUGGCCCAGACAAACCGUGGAUACAGGGCAGAGACAGGACCGCCGGGGGCUCACCGUUCGACCAGAUGGUUGGCAGGUGGUGGGCUGUCUAUGACCGACACUACCGAAACGAGACAAAACCAGGGGAGAGAACUGCUCCAGAGAUUGUGCAGUAUUUCGUAAAGGGCGAAUACCAACCGACGAUCAGUUACGUAGUCCCUGUCGGCGAACCUGCAAGUUCGUCGCAUUCGGAGCGCAAGCCCCAGCCCCAGCUUCACCAUGAGACGGCGCCAAGCUGGGAUGCUCAACGACACUCCCCGCCGUCGGGCUCCAAGCCUGAAGCGAUGAACUUCCCCCACACGCAGUACGAAAUGUCAUCGGACCCUGCUCCAUUCGUUCCUCCGGAGCGCUAUCCAAGCCCUCCUAAGAACAUGUGGUACCAAGUGCCAAAUGAGCCUCCGGCGCACCUCACUGAGAGGCCCAAGCCGAUUUUCCCUUGGGAGACUCACAAGCCGCAGCCGACUCGGGUCUUUCCGCACUCCGAGCGGGCACCCAGCGCCCCUGAGAAGCCCACGACGUCGACAGACUCGCGUGAUUUCGGCGCGUCAGCCGAGCAAGAGACGCCACCAGGUCCGACCUCCCGUACUGCGCUCUCGGCUCCCUCGGGCAUCUGGUCCUCAUUCCCGCGGACUAAUGCUUGGGAUACCGUGCCCGAAAUCAACCGGUACGUCGACACGAUUCAGAAGCAUCGCCGUACGCGCAGCCGAAAUACGGCCUCGGGUGGCGGAAAGACCCUUCCCGAGAGCUUGGACUUGGACGGGUCGAGGCGAGGCUCCAAGGUCACCGACUUCCCCGGCGAGGACGAACGGCCGAGCCUGCCGGUCACUCCCGCGCCGGUUCGGAGGCCGAGACGCUGGGGCAGUAAUGGCUCCGCCACCAGCUCCGGCGGGAGCGCCCAGAAUGACGACGAACAGCUGCCGGCCGCCGAAGGGGUGCCCGCGCAGUCUGAAUGGGAUCCUGCGGCCCAGCUGCAGAAGCUGGCCAGGGAGCAGUCUGAGGUGCUGCUCCAAAGGCUGGGUGACGGAACGGCUCAGGCAGAUCGAGAGCUCCCCUCUCGCCCCCUGCCCUUCGGAUCCGAUGACGCCCGGUCUCCGACCUAUGUUGCUCCUCAGGUACCUGUGGUCAGCCCCAAGCCGGUCAAACCACACACAACGGCAAGUCCUGUCAAUAAGAUCUUGGAAACUGCCCCUGAUGUUGUUCCGUCACGGCAGGUUGCGACCACGGCGACUGAGCCCCGGGACGUCGCGAGUUAUCAGGGCCCCGGCCUCGCAUUCGAGAAAGGCGAAGACAUUCCCACUCAUACGACACCCGCGUUGCCGACGGAGGAGGAGAAGGAUAUCCUCGAAACCUAG